GCGUGGGGCGUGGGGCGUGGGCGGCCGCGGCGCGGAUGUCGGCGCCGUUCGAGGAGCGGAGCGGGGUGGUGCCCUGCGCCACGCCCUGGGGCCGCUGGUACCAGACGCUGGAGGAGGUGUUCAUCGAGGUGCGCGUGCCGCCGGGCACCCGCGCCCGCGACGUGCGCUGCAGCCUGGGGAGCCGCCGCGUCGCCCUCGCCGUGCGCGGCGAGGAGGUGCUGCAGGGUAAACUUUUUGACUCUACAAUAGCUGAUGAAGGAACAUGGACAUUAGAGGACAGGAAAUUGAUACGAAUUGUUCUAACAAAGACAAACCGAGAUGCUGGAAACUGUUGGACAUCUCUGUUAGAAAAUGAAUAUGCUGCUGAUCCUUGGGUACAGGACCAGAUGCAAAGGAAACUUACACUGGAGCGAUUCCAAAGAGAGAACCCUGGAUUUGACUUCAGCGGGGCAGAGAUUUCUGGAAAUUACAGCAAAGGAGGACCAGACUUCUCUAGUCUUGAGAAGUAAAUUCUUUUCACCUGUGUUCUUUGAGAGAAAUUAUACAAUGCACUUAAGGACUGAAAUAUGUAACUAGUGAAGACUUCAGUGAUCUGUUUAGCAGAAUGUUGGCGGUUAUGUAUUUCUGUGAGGGAAAGAAGAUCUCUUCCAGUAGAAUCAAUACAAAGUGUUAGUAGCUGAUUUUUAAGCUGUGACAACUUUCUAAUAUUGUGGACAAAAUACACAAAAAGGUGCAUUCUUAAAAAAAAAAAAAAAAAAAAACACCUUUAGGUAUAGUAUCUUUCUUUUCUUACACUGUAUUAAACUAGUCAGUUACAAAUAUACCUUUUGUUUUUAUGUGAGAAAGUCAUCUUACUGACUUUUGAAGAAUAGAUUCCAGAAGCAAAAUGUUUAACAUUUUUCUUGCAACAGGAAGGACUUUAGGAAGGCUACAGUUAAAGUUCUCUUAAGAACUUGUAAAUUUCAUUCUAAAAUAAUAAUUUCAAUAAAGAUACUACAGCAUCUUGCAGCAAAGAAGAGUUUACAAUCCACUGCAUCAUUGAUUAUAGGACUAAUGUUUAAUCCUAGCUACUAGGUAAGUGAUACCGGAAGACAGAAAGGUCAGGUGGAAGUCUGUAUAUAAAUGUGUGCUAAUGCAAAGUAUCCCCUCAGUAUAAAUAUUUGAAAUACGAAGUGAGAGGAAUAUUUAAUGACUUCUGAAAUGACAAUAUAUAAACUAUUAAAGAAAGCAAAAUCCUGAAGCAGGAAAUAGUACCGUGUAUCUCUUCAUGAUCAACACACAGCACAAGUUGCUUAUUAGGUAUCUAAGAAUAUGCAAAUAGAGUUUUAAAUUUAAUAGCCAACUUUUAAACUUGGCUAUUGCCUGAUUUAGUGUUUUGUAUGUGGAAAUUAUGCAUCAAGAUUUUGUAUUCAUUCUUAAGGAUGUGAUUGAGAACCACUCCAACAACAGCAUUACAAAAGGCUAAUGUGUCAGAUAAACUAACAAAGAUAGCAUUAUUGCUGAAUCCCGUUGUAUUUGGGGCAGUGAAAGUACUGCCUACAAUUAAGCUCUGAGCAGAGGUCUCUUCACUCGAGAUAAAUUGCCAGAAACUGUCACUGCAUUGCUGAGCCUUAUUUUAAAAUUAUAUCACCAUUUCAGUUGGCAUACGACAAAAAUAAAACAAUAGUUGGGGAGGACUGCUUGUAUUGUAAUCAUGUCCGGCACUUUCUUGUUGCACCAACAGGCAAGUAUUAAGUACUCCUGAAAUAAUUAUAAACCUUCAAUGCAUGUCAUCUUUCCAGGUUGUAAUGUAUAUCCAGAAAAUAUAUUUGGGUUGUAGGUAACCUGCCUCACUAUCAAGAAAAGGAAAAGAUAGCCUGCUAUCAAAUGCUGAUCUAUGUUUAUGAGGUUCUGUACCUUCAUUAAGAUCGUAGUAUAGAAGGGGGAUACUGUAUGUAAAUGAACAAGACAGCUGCAAGAGUAAUUGAGGAUAGAGGGAAGAUUAAAAGUUUAUCUUGCCUUAAAGUGCCUUAAAGUCAGGGAAAUGGUGCUUUACAUUAUACCAGUUAUGUUGGUUUGCAAAGAAAGAUUUUGUACUGAUUCUGCUUGUAUCAGUUUAAAAUAUUAGAAUAGCAUCUGACAUUCCACUGUAUCGGUUGUCAUUUUACUAGAUGUACUUUUGAAUUUAAGCUUUAUUCCUAUGUUUUCUGGACUUGGUUAUAGGCUAACUUUCAUGCUAAUGUCAAGGAAAGAUGACAACUCUGUACUCAGGCAGUACUGCUCUGAACUGUUUAAGAGGAAAGGUUUAAGCAACCUAGUUAACUACUGUUAUCCAUUCUUAGACCUCCAGUUGUGAAAGAAAAUCUAGAUGAAAAGGAUAAUAGUGAUGCUACCAUUUUCCUUAAUCAGUAUCUACUUAGUUCUCAGUCUGUACUUUACUAAAUGGUGGUUUGUUUUUUCCUAUCACAACACUCUCCACAGGAUUUCAUUCUUUGCUUCAUAGAUGAAGAGUAACAGCAAUUUGGCAAAUGCAUGUAUUUGGCUACCAGCAACUGAAGGCAAUCCUCUCUCUAAGAAAUAACCCUGUGCAUAAUUGAGUGCUAAUCUGCUAUGCAAAUGAGGACAGUCUAAUCACUUUUUUCUUGUUGAAGAGUUUUUUACUACUCUGAUUCAAGAUCAGUUCAGAGUAAUAACACUGUGUUGAUCUGUUUAGCAAACGAGGAUGCUCCUACUGGAGCAAAAAUCAUCUUGGAAUUAGAAAUUUGGGUGCCAGACUAUUCAUAAGCAAGCCUCAUCCACAUAGCUACUUUAACAUAUAGCAAUAGCUACUGCUAGAAAAAUAACAUAUAUAUACAUACAUAUAUAUGUAUGUAUAUAUAAAGUAAAGUUGCCACAAUUAAAGUUAGAGUAUCUGACUUUAAUAAUCCAAAUAACGUGCCGUCUUUCAGUCUAGAUGGGUUUGUCGUUCAAAGGAUUUGGAGCUAUGAUAGGCCAUGUAGAAAUAAGAUUAUCAAGAACGUUGAAUCAUAUGAUUCAGUUGGUAUAAUACCAGUUGGUUCUCCAGCUUUCUUUAUUUAGCCCCUCUUUAAAUAAAUGAAGUUUUCCAUAAUCCCUCCCCUCCGCUCCUGCAUUCAAGUUUCUUUCAAGUACUGUUCUGGCAGAGGCUUCUGAGUAAGGCGUUUCAUAACCAAUUAAAAGAAGUUACUCAGUCAA